AUGGGGGAGCUUCUUGAAUUAUGGCUUCCAGCAUUCAUUUUCGGGAAUGCGUUUGCGGCACUGUGGAUGCUGCUGGCACUAAAAACCACAAUGGAGUCAGACAAGGACUCCGGUGGGUGGUGGUAUAAGAGAUGCAAAUUCUGGUCAUCUAAAGAGGACAAGAGUUCUGCUGACGGCCUUCCAAAAGACAGUGUUGCUCCCCCAGGCGACGGAGUGAAUUCCUUCGAAUUGCGAAAGCCUGAGACACCGGGCCGAAUAAUAUCGCAAGUCCAGGCAAUUCAAUUGGAGUGGCGCAACGUUACCUGUGUGUAUGACGGAAAGCCAAAGAAGAAAGUGCUUAAAGACGUGUGCGGCAUGGCUCUGCCGGGGCAGCUGACGGCCCUGAUGGGUCCAUCCGGUGCCGGAAAAUCCACCCUGCUGGACAUCCUAGCCAUGAGGAAGAACACCGGACACGUGAUGGGGCGCUACAUUGUGAACGGUGCGGAAUUGAGCCUGUCAUCGAGGAAACAGCGGGGGGAGAACACCAAGUUCGUUCACCGCACGGCGUAUGUGCCACAGGAGGACAAUUUUAUUCCGACGAUGACUACCUUGGAAACACUUCAAUUCUAUGCUGGAUUAAUCCUACCGGAGACUUUUGACGAUGCUGAGAGAGACAAGCAUAUCAACUCGGCGAUAGAGAUUCUCGGUCUGACGGAGCAGAGAGAUAUGAUGGUCGGAGGUAUGCUUCCCGGCGGAGUGGCCGUCCGCGGCCUGUCCGGCGGUCAGAAGCGCCGAUUGAACAUCGCCAUCGGUAUCGUUUCGGCGCCAUCUGUGCUGUUCCUGGAUGAGCCCACGUCUGGCCUAGAUAGCUUCGGAGCCAUGAACGUGAUGGCCCACCUCAGCAACUUGGCGCACGAUGGAAAGCACACAGUUGUGGCGUCCAUACACCAACCAAGGAUUGGGAUAUGGAAUCUCCUAGAUAAGGUUGUGUUACUGUCACGGGGAAUACUUAUGUACUGGGGAGCGCCAAAAGACGCCGUCCCUUGGUUCUCAGGAACUCUUGGCUACAAAUACGAUGCAGAGAGAGACGAUUCCCCUCCGGAAUGGCUGAUGGACCUCAUAUCCAUCGAGUUUUCAAAACCAGAGAUCGACUCACGAAAAUCAAUGACGGUUCUGGCGGAGGUUCAAGCAGCUUCCAACAUCUUCAGGUCUAGCCACAUUUUGGAGAGUGGCCACGUGGUUGGCCUCGAUUUUGGUGACGACGAAGGCGGGCAGAACGGUUUGGAUAUUGGCAGGACGGUAAUGGACAUGGAUGAGGCGCCACAUGCCCUCCAGAAUUCUCUAAAGGGUGCUGCCACAGCAGAAGAAGGAGGAAUAGCUAGACAGCAAGCGCUGCAGGGGACCGAAAAGUCAUCAACAACUGGAGGAGAACGCAGGGCCUCAUGGCACCGCCAGGCGUCCCUCCUCUCCUGGCGCACGUUCCUGUCAAUGACCCGCAACCCCGCAGACGUGUCCUUACGCAUGCUGACGUUCACCUGGGUGGGUGCCCUCUUCGGCCUGGUCUUCUACGGCCUGCCCCAGGACGCCUCCUCCCUCUACCCCCGCCUCAACAUCGGCUUCAUGGCCACAACCUUCCUCAUGCUCUUCCCCUACAUCUCCAUAUCCCUCAUGGUGUCCGACCGCUCCUACUUCCUGUCGGACAUGAGCGCACGCCUGUACUGCCCCAGCGCCUACCACGCCGCCAAGGCGCUGGUGAGCCUGCCCUUCAACGCGCUGAACGCGGCGGUGUUUUCGAUGAUCGUGUACGGGAUGGCGGGCCUCAAGGGGGAGGAGGAGUCGCAGUUCCGGUACCUGACGCUGAUGGUCAUGGUGUCGCUGGUGUUCGUUCAGGCACUCCAUGUGGCAGCCGCUUUGGCGACCUCCCAGGACAUGGCUUUCAUGCUGGGCAUUGGCUUCACCGCCAUCAACAUGAUGUUCGCCAACUACUUCAACCGCGAGCCCGACCUCAAGUUCAAGUGGCUGUCCUCCUUCCGGGCCAUCUCCGCCAUGGGCUACGUCUUCGAUGGCAUCACGAGGUCGGAGCUGGCGGGCCGAACCUUCCCCUGCCCGGAGGGCGUCGGAACCGACCAGGUCCUUGAGGCACUGGAGCGGGGCGACGGGGUGGUGUCCGGGGCGCGCAUCUCGCGCGCCAUGUUGGCUGCCUUCUUUGGAGCCAACCCCGAUGCGGAGUGCCCGAGCGUGUCCGGGGACGGCAUUUUGGAGUACUUUGACCUGAAUCGGGAUUUCGGUUCCAUAGUGGCCAUUCUGGGGACUUUCCUGGUCGUCCUGCACGGCGCCACGUUCGCGGCGCUCGUGCUUUCCAGCAGGGUGGGGACGAGGCGAUAG